AUGACUCUCACGAGGAGCAAAACCAUGGCUUAUACCACGCCGAACCCAAAGCUUCAAGCCGUGCGUCGCAUACUCCAGGGCUUGAAUCAUAGUCCGUAUGCCGAAUCGAGCUCGGCUACUCGCAUGAGCAAACGCAAGCGAGAGAAUGGCACUGCCAUUGAGGUAUUUCCACUCUUGGAAUUAGAUGCAAAGAAGCGCCGAGUUUUGCCAGAUGAAGUUCUCUACACGAGCGAUGAUAUGGGCGAGUCCGGAGUAGAUUGUGCGAUUUUGAUGAGAAAACACCUAGUAUCCUUGCACCAGGGAUUGCAGGCCCAAUGGAAUUGCGUGUGUCGGAGGUGCUCGGGCCUGGGUAUGAGACUCUCACUGCCACAACGGAAGAAGAAAUCUCAAAUGGAAACGACGUUCGACGCGUUCUUCGGAAUACAAUCUCAAUCUGAAGUUACAUUCCACGAAGCCAAGAUCACAGUCAAGAACGUACAAAACGAUCAGGCUCUAGGCACGUCUCUAGGCGCGUCUGAGCUUGCACCUGGCGUCUUGCCCGACUUUGCGGACAUCUGCCAGUGUAUCACGGAGUCGUUGGAUCAACAGAACAGCAUGCAUCUUCUCUUUGAAGACGGAUUGUUUAAGAAGCUCCGCCCGCAGCCAAAGUCUUUUGGCGAUUACCAACUGCCUCGCACAGUGUCUCUGUCUGCUCUGUUUAAGCGUCAACAAGAGUUAAGCGGCGGUUCAUCGGUUUUACCACUCAAAGGAAGACGAAUCCUAGCGCUUGUACUUGCUACAGCGCUACUUCCAUUCCUAGAGACCCCUUGGGUACAGUCUUCGUUCAACCACUCAAUGAUUCAGUUUUUCCAGCCGGUACAGGACGAGGAGCUACCUGAGAUCACAAAGCCCUUCCUGGUCAUGGACCAAGAUUCAGCUUUCUCGGCUGACAAGACGAGCACUCAAAGUAACCAAGCCGAAACGACUAGUUGUGAACACAUGGUACAUCCCAAUCCCAGUGUAUUAGCGCUCGGGACUCUGCUGUGUGAACUUCACUACUGCACAACCAUAGAGACAUGGCAAAAUGAUACAAAGGCGCCCCGAAAUGCCAACACCAACUAUUAUUCCAGCCGCAAGCUUCUCAAGAACUUAGAAGUGGACGCCAGUUCAGACUACUAUCUCGCUGCUAAAGCAUGCAUAGAGUGGGGCUAUUUUCCUAACGGAGAGCUUUCUACCUUUGAAUCCUCCAAGGUUCAGAGCCUUUUCUAUCAGAAUGUUGUCAAACGACUUGAAUCUGAGAUAUUCAAGUCGUGGCAUCUACGGCUGGAGGAUUUGAGCUCUCUUGACCCUCGCCAGAAUGAACUCUGCUGGGGCCCAAUUGGCCGAGAGGUUGUCUCUCGGCAAACAAACAUGGUCAAGUCUGAGUCUUCCGCCACAAACAGCGACGAGCUGAAGGUAUACUUGCCUUCAGCCUCCAAUAUGACGCCUUUGGGCUAUAUCUCGCACAACCAGGUCAUUCCUAUGCAAAUUCCGACCCAAAACACUCGGAGCCUCCAAAAUCCUUUACAUCACGAGAAAUACUUUAAGAAAGGCUUGCAGUUUUUUGAUGCAAACAAUCUUACGGCUUCCAAACAAGAAAUCGAACUGUCGGAAAAAUGGAUGGAGAGACUGUUGUCCUCUAUUUAUCGUCAUGUUGAUUCGUACGAUACUGCUAUGCAGCUGUCCGCGAAAGCCAUCAGAAACAAGUCAACAGCAUUCGAGCCAGUUCGAAUAGCAAUUAUAGAUACUGGAUUCGAUCCUAAGAACCCGCUUAUAAUGGAUCAUGAUCAUCGACGACUCGAUUCACGGAUCAAGGCAGCGCAGAGCUUUGCGAAUGGAGCAGACCCCCGGGAUAUUCAGGAUGUAGUCGGACACGGCACUCAUGCUCUUGGACUCCUUCUUACAGUAGCCACAAGCGCUGAAAUUUACAUCGCCAAAGUUGCAAAUCAGGAGAAUGUGGAACGUGACAGCUACAACGCCAUCGCAAAGGCGAUCAAUCAUGCAGUCAACGAGUGGAAGGUAGACAUCAUAUCGAUGUCGUUUGGGAUCCGUGAAUAUUAUGAGCCCAUGAGAGCAGCGGUAUCAAAUGCAUUACACAGCCAAACGUUGAUGUUCGCUGCAGCAUCAAACGAUGGAGCCAACUUCGGCCGAUGCUUCCCAGCCAAGUACCCUGGCGUCUUUUGUAUCCACUCGACUGAUGGGAAUGGAAAUCCUUCUGGAUUCAACCCUACGGCAGACGAAAGAGAUGUCAACUUCAGUCUGCUUGGAGAGCAUGUCCGUUCGCACUGGCCAUCUGGAAAGGUUGGCUAUAACAACGGUGCCAAUGUCUUGUCGGGAACUUCAGUCGCAACACCAAUUGCCGCGGGACUUGCCGCUUCGGUCCUAUCCUUUGUUCGGCAGCGAGAAUAUGGCUUGCCUGCAGGAACUGAUUUGCUGGGACCGUGGCUGAAGGAUGCCCAUUCAAUGGAUGCGGUUCUAAAGAGCAUGGUCAGACAGAGAAGAGGAGCGGGCUAUGACAAUAUCACGCCCCACACACUAUUUGGUUCAUAUUCAUCAAAGGAGGAGGUUUACAGCAAGAUCAAAGAUAUCAGGGAGCACAUGUAUGACUAG